CUACCACAGCCUGAACUUUCUGGGUUGGCUUAAAGACAAGGCUACAUACUUGUGCAGGAUCAGGGAAUAUCAUUAUUGAUAUGAAAUUAAAACUUUCCUGAGUUUACUCUGGAAAGAUCAGGGCUUUGUGGAGAAGGAGGGGGGCCUGGGGGUGUGACAUGAUGGACUUUUUAAAAUGGAGUUCAAUAGAUGUUUGGGUGCAUCAGCAGAAGAGCAGAAAGGAAGACAAGAGGGUGGGGAAGAAGAUAUUAAUAAUGCUGGCAGUUGUGCUGUCCAUGAAGAGCUGGAUUUGGGACAAAUGUUCCUUGCCUGUUUGCCUGAACAAUAUAUGAGAGUGAAACUCACUCAGACAGUGUACCUGAUAUGCUGGCUGCUCUUGAAACUCUGCAAGAAAGCCUAUGAGAAAAGACUGUCUGCUUCUAAAAAGGAGUGCCGAGGAAGUGCUGUUAGAAGGACUGCUGGAGAAACAGAAGAGAGAACUUCUGAGAAGACACAGUGCCACACUGAGACCCCACAGCCAGUUGAAAACUACAUCAGUGAAGGAGAGUUUGAAGACGAUCUGAGUUCUUCUACCCCAAGCACAACGGAGCUGGAGGUCCGUGGAUCCAGCCAAGAAACAGAUGAAGAUUAUUUUGAAACUGUGUCACAUCAGAGUGGAUCUUUGUCGGAUGUAAAAACUGAGCCUUAUGAGAGUGCAUCAGACACAGAAUCCCUUUCCAGUGACAUAACUGGGAAUGCUUGCUUGGAUUCAAACUGCCUGUUUACUGAAAAAAAACCCCUGUGCUGUAAUCUUCCCAGAGAAAAGGCAGAAACCUUCCAUGAACAGAAGUGCUCCAGGCAACCAGAGUUCAUCCAGCACGUACAGCUAGAAUUGUCCUCCAAAAUAAAAGAAGCACCAAGCAAAACUGAAUUUUGCAUCCAGUUUGCAGAGUUAGAGGGUGAAGAAUUGGGUGAUGAAGAGCAAACGUUAUCCAGUGAUAUUUCCAUCACAGAGAGCCAAGUCUAUGAAGAGAGCAUUUUAUCACAGGCAAAGAGAAAGUCUGUAACAGCACUGCAGAGUAAGGCAGAGUUAGAAAGCAGGGAAGUGCAAUGCUCUACCAACUCAGUACUUACAAAAAAUGAUGUUGCAAGACUGAAGGAACAUCCUGCAGUAUUUAGCAUUGCUUGUUUCAAAGCAAACUCAGAAAGUUGUUUGAUUUUUCCUGAGGUACAGCAGUUUUCCUUCUGGUCAGAUGCAGCACCAAGCUGCAGUUUGCCUAAUCUUCAUUUUGAAACAAAUGGGCCUAAAUGUAAAAAUGACACUGAGACACCUGACUGUAAGUGUGAAUUAGAGUCUAUGUCCAGUAUAAAAUGCAGCAGGAGGAAUUCAACUAACAGUGAGGACACUACAGGUAAAAGGAUAAAACAUGGAAGUACAGAAACCAUGUUGACAUCAGAUUCACUCUUCUACCAGAGUUGCUUCAACCCAAAAUCUUGGCUACCACAAAAAAGGUCAGAGAUUACAGAAAGUAAAACAUGGCACAGUGUACCUGAAAAUAUCAGUGCUCAAAGGGAGACAGAAUGUGUGGUGAGCUGUAUUCAACCAACAGACAAAUUCAGAUGGUCAUGUUCCAGAAUACCUCUUCAAGAGCUGGAAUUUGAAUACACUUGGAAAAACGUAGGAAGGGUAACUGUAAGCCCUGCAAAGGCUAUAGAAAUAGAGGGCCAGUAUGGCAUAAAAAGAUCUUUUCUUGAUACUGACACUAACUCAAAGGUGUGUCAGGUUUCUCAAGCCCUAGCCUCUCCCCAGUGCAUUGAUUAUUAUUUGCACUCUAAAUCAGAGACAUGUGGCCUUAGCCCAGAGCCAGCUUGUACUUGUGCUGACAGCUUAACAUGGAGUGAUGCUUGUGAGGACAAUCCAAACCAAAAGGAGACAUCCUCUUCCCUGGAUUGUGAUCCAGGGAUCACAAACACUGUGGAACUUACACGAAACAAUGAGUACACAGCUGAACAAGAUCUGGAAACAAGCAGAUUCCCAUGUGAUAUUGGUGUUGAAUCAGACACUAGCGACACUGAAAGCCCUACAGCUUCACAUGCAGGUGUUCCUGCUGGUGUGGAAUGCAGAGACUGCGAUUGCUCUGUAAACUGUGUUUCUAGUAGUGGAAUAAAGCACAAACAUUUGAGGGAGAAUGACUUUGAAUCUGAGUUGUCAGAUACGGAGAUUGUGGCAAGAGAAAGAUGGGCAGAUGAUUCUUCUGAUCUCGGCUUUGGUUGGAAAGUCCUGGAAACUGCAACACAACCAGAUGGCAGUGACAGAGGGGCAGAGCACAGAGAGUCAGUGCAGCAAAAUGCAAGUUGCAAAACUGGUGCCUUGAGGAGCCACUUGGAGCUAGGUACAAAUGAACAUCCUACUCAUAAAGGAAAGGAUGAAGAAAGUGUCUUUGCUGUAGAAAGGACUCUCAGAUCAGAUUAUAUAAGGCAGGGAAGGGAUUUAAUGAGUAGUCCAGAAUUAAAGCCAGCUGUAAUUAUAGUCUCAGUGGAAGAGAAAGGAUUACAGUCCAAAACACUGAAUGAUAACCUUCCUACUGAAGUGGUGGCCAAAACAUUGGGAAAUGUAGUGAGCAAGGAUUUGCUGUCUCCUCAUACUGUCAGUAAAGCUCAUGGUGAGCCAGAGAGAGUUCUGAGUGGAUGCUGUAACUGUGAAAAACUAAUUCUGGCCACCCACCACAUUCUUGGCAGUGCAGAGGUACUUUCUGGUAGGGAUACAGUUGAAGUAAAAACAGAAAUUUCAGAAGAGAAAAGAGAGAAAACAGAAGCAGUUUCAUCCUUAGGGCUCACCUGUAGUAAUUCUGCAGUAGCAAGUGCAAAAUUGGAAUUCAGGAAUGUUGCUGUGCCACUAGGCAGUGAUACACUUACUGUAGAAAGUCAGACAGAUCCAUGUGAAAAAUCACUUGUAAAAUCCCCCAGUGGAAGCAGUGUAAAGCUCUCUGAGGAUGAGCACUGCAGAGCAAGACCACUGGUGACUGGAGAAGUGACACUGGAAACCAGCAGCAGUGUAAGCAGUGUGUGCCAGGGAGGUGGUGCUGGUCUUGGCCUUGAAGGGCCCAGCACUGUAAAAUCACAGGGUAGAAGUGGUGGGAUGGCCUUUGAGGAAGGGCCCUGCAGAACAAAGAGGGGUUUUGAAUUCACGAGAGAACAGUUGGCAAGGUCAGGCUUUAGAAACCCCAGAAGAAGUGAUAACCAGGUGUCUAAGGAAGAGGAAUUCAAAGCACACGGAAGCACAGAGGAAGGUUUGAAUAUUACCAGGGCAGCGACAGUGGAAAUGAGCAGCAGUGUAAGCAGGCUGUGGCAGGGAGAUGGUGCUGGUGUCAGCCUUCAUUGGCCCAGCAUGGUCUCUGAACAAGCAGUAGGCAGGCGAGGAAAGGAAAGCUGUAAGGGCUCAAAGGAAGAAACAGGUAUUUGUGAAGAAUCCUCUCCUAGGGAAGGAAAGGAGGGCUCUCCUGCAGAAGACACCUCUAGCCCCAGCAAAGACAGUGUACUCAGUCUGGAUGUCUUUGAUGAGUCUCUGAACAGGGAGACCCACAGCACUUUCAUGCUGGGCCUGGACAAUGUAAGUACCUGCAGCACUAACAGCGAGGAACUGGAUGAGAACUCAUCCCACAUCCUGGGGAGUAACAGCAGUCUUCAUAAAGCUGUACAAAAGCCAACAAAGAAUGAGUAUAGUGGGAAAUAUUCCAGGUUUUUAGUAUUCCCAAAAAUGACAUCUUUCAGGAAAACGAAGCCUGCCUCAUGGGAAAAUCAGGGAAGCAGCAGUAUUUUUGGCAGCAAGGCAAAGAUGGAAGAACUGGAUGUUGGGAAAGAUGAUGAAGACACUGCAAGUUUACUGUCCUUCAAAAGUUGUUCAUCUGGUUUAGUCUUCCACAGGAAGGAAAGCUACACCUCUGAGUACUCCGAUGAUGAUGAUUUAUUUUAUGAGAGACCUGCAGGAUUUUUCAGAUUGAGCCUGAGGAAGGCCUCUGGCUCUGGUCGGAUACUGAUGGAUGAUGCAGAUCAACAAGUUUCAGGUUCAUCUGAAAACAAUGACAGUGAACCUGUGGAGCAUUCAGGGACUAGAAAAUCAUUCCCUGAAAACGAACACAAAAGAAACAAAACCCCUGAGAGUAAGAAGUUCAGAACAAGGUUGGCCUUGGCACACAAAUCCCUCUCAAGCUUAUUUGAGUCCAAAUGUCCAGAAAAGGAGAAUACUGAGCAAAGCUCAAAAGCAUCAGUGAAAAAUGAAAAGGAGAAAGUCAAACUUCGCCAGAGUGCCUGGAAAGCUUUUCUAAAGAGCAAGGAGGCAGAUGGACUAAAAAGGCCUGUCUUAGUAAGUUUAUCAGCCACACAGGAGAGUCUUAAUGCAACUGGUGGCCACGUGUUAACGCCACUAGAGCGACAGUAUAGUUCCAAUAGACACACUUUUUUAAAAACAGAAACAGAUAAUGGCUCCUCAAGAGACUCCAACUAUUUUGACAGCUCUGUGGAGCCUGUUGAUGUCUCUUUACCUGCACGUAUGUGGAGAAGACGAAUACAGUCCCAUGACUUGGGUAUCAGAUACUCACAGAGUUCAGACUGUGAUGAACAGCAGGAGGUUCUGAGCAACAGUUUAAAUACCUCUCUAGAGGAAUACUGGAUUAAAUCUCCAUUUAGCCCCCCUGACUUGCAGUUGGCAUUUAGUCAGUCAAAUCCAUCAUGUCCCCAGCUCUCCAAUUCUGAUGGCAAAGACAUGCCUUGUAGGCCCAUGAGUCCCAAACCUCAGAGUUCACGAUCCACUUCUCAGCACAAGAACUUCCGUUACCCUGGGCGCGUUUGUGCCACUUCUAUGAUCUCUCUUGGGAACAGCUCUGGAGUGGAAAGCAGUCUGGAGGCUCCUGAGAGGCCAAAGACACUGAAACCCAGAGGAAGUCUCUUACACUCACUGGACGACUUCCAGAAGGAUGACAGUGGCAUAAGCAGUCAAUCCCAGAUCAGCUUAAAUACAGCUUCUUCCAUUAGCGACAUGCUCCGAGAUGAGUUUGUAAAACAGGAGUCUAAACAGCCAUGUCAAACAGCAGCUGGAAAGAGGCCAAAUAAGAAAUGGGUUCCCCAUCGCAAAAGGAGACACCCCUGGGUCCCACCAUGCCCUGUCUCCACCCUGGAGAGCAGAGCCCACAGGCUCUCCUUCCCUGCUCCAGAGGAAAAAGCCAAGGAGAUGCCAGAGAGGAGGAGGAAGAGACCCAAACCCCUCUAUAAGUGCUUCAGCUUCGAUGAUGUUUGGAUGGAGAGGAAUCAAAAAAGGAAGCUAGAGAAGGAGACACAGCCAGAGGGAGGGGUUCAAUUGCAACAUCUCCCACAGGACCCCUCAAAAGCUGGAAUAAGUCCAUCCAUCACAUCUCCUGUUGCCUUUGACAUCCUGCCACUGAAGCUGCAUCCAUUUUCCCAGAGCACCCCGACAGGCCUGGACUGCGUGGGCUGCAGGCGGCGCAUCUCCGCUCCCGUGAUCACUGAUGGAGGCCUGGACAAGACAGCCCUGACAGAUGAUGUGGGGAGUGAGGAGGAUCUGUACGAGGACUUCCGCAGCUCCAACCACCGCUACGGCCACGCCGGGGGCGGCGGCGAGCAGCUGGCCAUCAACGAGCUCAUCAGCGAUGGCAGCGUGGUGUAUGCAGAGGCCCUCUGGGACCACGUCACCAUGGAUGACCAGGAGCUGGGAUUCAAGGCCGGCGAUGUCAUCGAAGUAAUGGAUGCCACCAACAAGGAGUGGUGGUGGGGGAGGAUUCUGGACAGUGAGGGCUGGUUUCCAGCCAGCUUUGUUCGGCUGCGGGUGAACCAGGAUGAGCCCAUGGAGGAUUAUCCCCUGAAGGUAGAGGGGGGCAAAGAGGACGACUCCCGGCGCUUUGGGAUGGGCCAGACCACCAAAGACCAAAUGAGGACCAACGUCAUCAAUGAGAUCAUAAGCACAGAGAGAGACUACAUCAAGCACCUGAAGGACAUUUGUGAGGGUUACAUUAAGCAGUGCCGCAAGAGAGCUGACAUGUUUACAGAAGAACAGCUGAGGACAAUCUUUGGGAAUAUUGAGGACAUCUACAGGUGCCAGAAGAAAUUUGUUAAAGCACUAGAGAAGAAAUUUAACAAAGACCACCCACAUUUGAGUGAGGUUGGCUCAUGCUUCUUGGAAUAUCAAACAGAGUUUCAGAUCUACUCUGAGUACUGCAACAACCACCCCAACGCGUGCCUGGAGCUGUCGCGCCUCACCAAGGUGAACAAGUACGUUUACUUCUUCGAGGCCUGCCGCCUGCUGCAGAAGAUGAUUGACAUCUCCCUGGAUGGCUUCCUGCUCACCCCCGUGCAGAAAAUCUGCAAAUACCCCCUGCAGCUGGCCGAGCUGCUUAAGUACACCAACCCCCAGCACAGGGAUUUCAAGGAUGUGGAGGCUGCCCUGAAUGCCAUGAAGAACGUGGCACGGCUCAUCAACGAGAGGAAGCGGCGGCUGGAGAACAUCGACAAGAUCGCACAGUGGCAGAGCUCCAUAGAGGACUGGGAGGGAGAAGAUGUCCUAGUCAGAAGCUCAGAACUCAUCUAUUCUGGGGAAUUAGCCAAAAUCUCCCACCCUCAAGCCAAGAGCCAACAGAGGAUGUUCUUCCUGUUCGAUCACCAGCUUGUCUGCUGCAAGAAGGACCUCCUGCGCAGGGACAUCUUGUACUACAAGAGUCGGAUCAACAUGGAUGACAUGGAAAUACUGGAUGUAGAAGAUGGCAAAGACAAGGACUUCAAUAUCAGUGUGAAAAAUGCAUUUAAGCUGCACUGCAGAGACACUGAGGAAGUCCAUUUAUUCUGUGCAAAAAAACCUGAGCAGAAACAGCGCUGGCUGAAGGCAUUUGAGAAUGAAAGGAGGCAGGUGCAGCUUGACCAGGAGACAGGUUUUUCCAUCACGGAGGUGCAGAAAAAGCAGGCAAUGCUGAAUGCCAGCAAGCAGCACCAUGCUGGGAAGCCCAAGGCUGUCACCAGGCCCUACUACGACUUCCUGAUGCGGCAGAAGCACCCCACGCUGCCCAGCACGCUCCCUCAGCAGCAGGUCUUCAUGCUGGCAGAGCCCAAGCGCAAGCCCUCGAACUUCUGGCAGAACAUCAGCAGGCUGACACCCUUCCGGAAAUAGGGGCAGCCCCUGUUUGUGCCUGAACCCCUUCUGAGAAAGCACUUUAUCCCUCACUCCUGGCAGGUGGAGCCCAGGUUCAUCCAGCCCUGUGUUUACAGAGGAUGGCACAGGUGCUCCUGCCUUCCCUAUUUAUUUUGCAGCCCGGCUGACCCGCUGGCUCCCAGGUGAGGCCACGUGGGCACUCGCACGCCACGGGCAGCCGUGCCACGGAGCCAGCCCUGCACUGCCCAGCAGGCAAAGCUCCAGGAGCGCGCAGCAGGGAGCUGGACAGGCUGCAGCCCGAGAGAUUUACCUUGUCAGCUGUACUUGGACUCACUCCUUCCUGCUGCGCCCACCACUGCUGGCUGGCAGCUGCCACAGGGGAAGGCAGCUGAUGGACCCACUGGCCCCGUGGCCGCUGCCGUGCUCAGAGCAAGAGCUCAGAGUCCGUGAUGAGGAGGGAUGAACCCUUCUGCUCUGCCCAGCCCAUGCCCUGCAUUUCUCAGAGCUGUGAUCCUCCUCCACGUGUCCAGCUAACUCAGCAGCCUCUGCAGGCCCUCAGAGCACAGUGAGCACUGCACUGUGACCUCCUCCCUCCCUUUAGUCCAACAGCACCGCUGAACGGUGUCCUACAUUAACUGUGCCAACCUGCAGCAUGAGUCAAGUCGAAGAAUCUCUCUAGUGGGUUUGAGUUACAUAAGUUAGAGAAAAAUGUGCCUAAUUAACACCAUACUCAAUUCUUUAGAUUCUUGUCUCUCCAUCAUUCUGCCAUAUUUCCUGGCCAAUGAAAAUGCUCAUUGUUUGUAAUGUGUUUAUUUAUGGUAAAAAUCAGAACUGUGUAUUUUGUAAGUCUGUAAUUGUUCUUGUCAGAUGUUGUUAACUUGUUAACUUGAUGCCUGUUUUGUCUGUUUAACUUUUCUUUUCUUUUUUUUUUUUAAAGAAAUGUCAAUAUUUGCAAACCUAGCUCCCAGAAGUCAGAGUCUGCUGUACAACUCUGCAACAUCAUUGUUAUGCAAACUUCCACAGACCCUCAGAUUCAAGGAGUGUUACUGACACUUUUAAAAACAGAAAACCACUUGAUAAAGACCUAAAUUUGGCAUAAAGAGCCUGACUUUAAGUAUCCAAGUUUCAAAUGGUGGCCAAAACCAAUGAAUUUAAACCUUGGUUAGCAAAAAGAAAGAUUUGCCUUACCAUAGCGAGAGUUAGAAGCCAUACUGACUGAAUUCCCUAGCUUAGGAGACAUCCUGUGACAGUGGAAGGAAGACACUAGCUCAUUCCAACUCAAGUGUGAGUGAGCACUAACUGUCUGCAGAGCUCAGAAAUCCAGUGUUUGUUGAUGCUGUAGCUGACCAAAGUCUGGUCAUCCAGGGAUAUCUGAAUUCAGUAGCAUGUACAAAGUCCUUCUUGCACUAUAUCUUCCCCCCAGACCAGGGGCAACAUUUAAUUUCAUAAAGAAACUUGUAAAAGUGACUCUCAGCCUGUGUUUGUCUCCAGCCCGUCUAUCUGUGAGAAGCUGUUUCUUUCUAAAGUCACUGUGGGGAUUGUGCUCUUGCAGCUCCACCAGGGGCUGCUCAGCCACAGGGGCCGCGCCAGACGGUGACCUCAGAGCAGCCAUCCCAGCUGUGGGGACACAGGGACCAGAGGCAUCACUCUCUGCCCUGGGGAGGACACUGGGUCAGUGCUGGGGGGGGGGGGAAGGAAAAAAAAUUAAAACCUAGUCUCUAAGAAGCUACUGAGAUCAGGCAGUUACAGCAGCUCAACAUACACACACAGACACCAAGAGACACAGACAUGGGGACACUGAAAGAUACCCUGAGACACACAUGGCCCAGCAGACACACUGAGGCACUGCCAGGUGUGUACAGACACCCAUGGGGGGAAAUGGUGACCAAGAGACCCUGACACACACACACAGGUAUGUCAGACAGUUGCAGCCAGCACCACUCAGUAACAGAAGGCAUUCGUCAUUUCUGUGUUUACCCUGUGUCUGCACCCUCCUUUCCUUAUCCAUGGCAUGUUUGUUUUGAUUGGCCAGGAAGAAAACCUGUUGGCACUGAAAAUAAUUUCAAAAAAUUAUCUAUUUUCUGAGCUUAUCAGCAGCUUUGUAGUAAGUGGAGGGGGUAGAGGGGCAGAGGACAAUCCUCUCCCCAACACAGAUACAGGAUCACACCCCCACACUGAGCAAAGCCAGCUGUGACAAUGCAUCAGGUUGCUCAUAGUCUUGUCCAGAUGCUAUCUGGAUUCACUCAAGGAUGGAGAUUCUCCUAAAACCUCUUUAUUUCCCUGCUGAAAACCACUCUGUCCCCAGGGUGAAGGAAGUGCUGACAUCUGUUCAAAGCUCCCCUUGCUGCAAUGUCUGCUCUGGUCUUAGGCAGAAUGUUGCUUAAUAUACUCAGCUUUACAUCUACAAUGAAAUCACUCCGGUAGAAAUCUUCCCCUCUUGUCCCAAGGGAAACGGGGUGAGAGUGGCACAGGACCCUGGAGUGCAGCAGCCGUGAAGUGCAAAAACUCUGCCCUUCCUCCCCGCUGAAACACACACAAAAAUUGGCUAUUAUUACUUACCUGUGUAGCAAUACUCUGAACAGUAAAUAUGCAUCCAGUGGUUAAAAUAAUCUCAUCAUUCAUCAGCUCUUCCUGAACUGGCUGCACCUCUGACCAGUGCGCACAAAGGAUUUACAGAGACAGUUUUUUUACAGACAUUUCUGAAGUGCCAAACCAGACUUCUCUGGCCAGACAGCAUCCCAGUCAAUGGGCAGUUAAUUACUUCGGGAAGAAUUCUACUCUCCACUUGACUAUCAGUACUCCUUCUAAAAAGUGUCCUCAGCUGGGAUUCUAGUCUUGCACACCACGUUUGGAGCUAGGAUCCAAUCCCCUAUGCAAGACUGAGAUCAGGUAAAAAAGCUGAUCACACAAAGUGGUGGAGUUACAGCAGCAACACAGGAAACAGGUAAGGCUCAAACUCAUAAACCCAUUGUGCUUAACAUGCCCGCCCCAUCCACAGACUGCUCUGAAGAGGAUUUAAUCAUAAAAUACCAUCCUUAGUUUAACAGCCAGCACCACCUCCCAGCUCUCACCAUAACCCUUGGUGUUACCUGAACAAACUAUCAUAGAUCAGGUAUAACCUCCUUGGGUUUUAAGUGAUUAGACACUCCAAGUCAUCGCAUCCCCCAAGCUACUCACUAAAUGGCAAAGUGUACCUGUGUGUGAGAUGAUAGCAGAUUAACCAAGCCCAGAUUUCCCUGCUGCAUCUGGAUUUGGGCUGGAGCGGCUCCCAUUGUUCUGCCAAUGGACAGAACUGGGGUGAAUGAAUCCGUGUGCCAGGCUGGACUGGGGGUGUGCUCAGCGAGCAGAUCCCAAGGGCAUCAGCUAAACUUGGGAGAAUGUGGUUUCUGGCUGGCUGAGAACAGCCUCUGUGACAAGCUCUCUGAGCUACACGGACAAGACCAUCGUGCCAGUUCCACAAGAAGUGUCCAUUUGAACCAUGAAGAAUCAGAGCUGUGAGACAUCAGCAACCUUUUCUCUGGAGCUGAACCUUCAACAGGGGCCAGAAAUGCAGAUUUGCAUACAAAACAAACUGAAGCUCCUGAUGUGAGUCUGAACACCACCAAUCCUUCUGGAUUUUAGGGUAGAAUCAGCUGAACUGCUUAGAAAAAGUUCUGCAUUGAGUUAGAUAAAAAGAACAAAGAGAUUGAGUCAGGGGUGAUUUGUUGUUUUCUUUUUUAGGGGUGUUGCUUCUAUCUGUUCCUCUCCUUCUGCAGAUAUCCGUUUAGGAAGCUUGUGAAAACAGCCAUGAUUCCCAUGAUUCUUAAUUACCUAAAUCUGCCCAAAUUUCAUUUGGUCAAAUAAAACACAGAAUUAUGUAAAGGAUAUGAAUCAAAUGAAAGAAUGAUUUCCUUUUCCUGAAGCUACCGGUUUAUUGAACCAGUGGCUACUAAAUAACAUAGUCUCUGCUCUGACCAAAAAAAAAAAAAAAAAAAAAAAAAAGAAAAAAAAAUCUCUAUUUUAAACUAUUAGUUUAGAAUAUCUGAUUCAGACACUGUGGGUGUAUGCACUGUUCAAGUUCUAAUAGCAUCAAAACCAGCACAAACUGUCUUUGUGCUAACUCAAAGUAAGAACUAGGUCAGUUCCCACAGAGAGAAGUUUCCCCAAAGCAGCCUUUACUGUCUCUGCUGUUUUGUCUGUUCCCUGAAGGACAGGGGUGUCAGCUGGGGAGGAGCCCCAUCUGUGUCCAGCAGAGUCCUUGGCUCACCAAGUACACUGCAGGAGAUUCCCACUCUGCAGGACACUGCUCUGCAGAGCCAGCACAGCUCUGUCAUCCAGGAGCCAACCAUGUGCCAACCAUCUGCACCUGGGUGUCCCAAGAGCUUCCCAAAUUCACCUGAAAACCAGGCCUCACUGUCACCAACAGGGAUAACUCAGAAUCAAGGCACCUGCCAGUACCAAAAGAAUCUCAGCUUCACACUAAGAACACUUCAUUUAUUGGGAUGCCAGAAUGACAGAAAUUAGCUUUUUUAAAAUGAAAAGGCCUUUCACCUGAUGUGUCAAAAUAUCAGGCUGUGCUCCUCCAGAUUUACUGUUGUGGAAGCACAUCUUCAUGUAACAGCAUCAUUCAAGAAGUCUGUGGCAAGACUGGUAUGCAACCAUCAGUCUUUUGAACAUGUACUGCACCACUCACAUCCCAGACUCUGAAGCUGUCAGCACCUGGCAGGUGGGGCAGCAUCCAGCAAGUGCUGAUUUCUUCUUUAUUGUUAUUACUUCAGUUGUUUUAAUUCUCCUGUCAAGUUCCACCACGUACCUGUUCAUGAGGGUUAUGGGCAUUGCAAAGCACAUCUGGACAGUGAACAUGGUACAACAGAAACUCCUCAAGCUUUAAGGAGGGAACAACUCACACCUCAUUCAACUGCUGGAGCCUCAGCCUGUGCCUGCUGCUGCUGCUCACAUUCUCUGCCAAAGGGGGAGGACUCACCACUGCUACUGGCAUCACCAGUACCACACUGGUACAACCCAAAAUAUCAACCAGAGUGUCCUGUACCAGCCUACUAGCAGGAACUCCCUGUCCCAGAGCUCCCAGCCUAAGCAAAGCUGUAGGAUCAGGUCUUCAGGUAAGUAAUGGAUUAAAGAAUAAGAAUUUUGAUAGUGGAUAAAAAUUAACUGAAAAAAACCACAAGUGUUUUCAGCUGAUUUUAAUCCCCUGAAGACACAGUGGUGCUCUUUCAGCUGGGCAGUGUGGAGAGGGAAUCAAUCUUCCAGGCUGCAGUGACCCAUCAGUGCAGCUCGUGUCAGAGUAGAGGCAGUGCAAGGCGCAGCCAGCAGUGUGACCUGGCACCAGACAGAAAUGCCUCCAGGGGACCACAGCUCUAGGCAGCAGCGAGGACUCACCUCCUUUCCACUCCCAGCCACACAGAUGCAGGCUCUGCAGAAGCCAAAGGGUGCUCCUUCCCAGCCACACAGCAAUCCCAGACGCCCUGCCUUGCCAUUAACACCUCACACCUUAUUUCUCCCAUGUGUCUCACACAUGUCCUUAACAAGCUACAUGACUCAAAUCCCAUGGCUUUGGCAGUGCUGGCACGUCUAGGAAAAAUGCAGGCUGCUUGUUCUUUUGCAUAGCACUCCUGUCAUCUUUCCCCCUGUAACUACACCCCUCCUAUCCCCAAACACUGAGCUUCUCUUUUGCACAAGUUUGCUACCAAAGCAGCUCCCUGUUCACAGCCUGUGCAAAUGAAAUACCUGAGGUACUUACCCCAGAGCCAUGUACCUUUGUGUGUGACUGCCUACAUUUACAGUUGUGAGAUGGGAAAUAAACAAGCUAUCAACUUCAAGUCUUGUAUCAUUCUGUAAUCCUCCUAAAAAGUAUUAACUACUGAUUAUAGAGCAGCUAUGGAACAGCAUUCUGCUUACAAGUUCCUUCUAUCCUUCCACACCUACUUCUUUCCCUUUUCUCCUAAGCAGCACCCACCCAUUACCCAGGCUGGAUAAUAAUUUAUGGCUUUUUUCUUUAACCUCCAGUAACCUGAAAUAAUAUACUUGCUAUCUAUAUCACACCAUCAAGAAAAACCUUAUCCCCAAAUACAGCCAUGUGUUCACUGAAGCAGAGGAAGCUGCAUUUGAGCUCAGCUGGGCACUUCACAGGAUUACAAUUCCUACAAGGCUGGCAAAAGCAAAACAUGGGGAAGGUGUGUUCCCCUUCCUCCUUCUGAAGCAUCAAUUUGCCCACAUAUUUUACCUUUCUUGACCAGAAAAGAAAAAGCUAUUGUAAAACACUACAAAGUAGAUUACUAUAGCCCAAAAAUGAAGGCCCAGCUUUGGUAAUUUAGGCUGACAGCUGAGCUGCUAAUUGUCAAGUUCUUUCUGUCACAUUUGUGUUGGAAGGAUCUCUUAGCCACCAAGGACUACAACUGGGGUUCCUGUACCCAUGAGGCUCAACAAUCUCCCCUCUGCAUCUGCAAUUCUCCCAGCUUCCCACAGCUGCCAGACUUCUGGCUGCUGUUUAAAAUAAACAUUAAAAACCUAAAGUCAUCACAUGGCCUCCAUUCUAUUCUGGAUAAUUAAGAGAGGAUCACUAAUAGCCUGAUGGAUACUAAAAUAAAAUCCUGGAGUGCACUUAGCCUCCUACACACAAGUCAGACAUUUUAUCCAUGUAAUUCAGCAACACUGACAUUUCCUUCACAAAAAAAAAUCCCAUCUAAAUAAAUACAUCAUUCCUGAUUCCAAGGGAGCUCACCAAUGAAACUUUCUGUUACUUGACUUUGUUUACAGCAAGCCACAGAGUUUAGAAUCUAAAGCAAGAUGUAAGAAACAGCAAGUUUUGCUUUUACCCAUAAUUAGUUACACGAAAACUUCAAACUCAAAAUUUCUUGCCUGAUUUCUACCAAUCACUAACUGAGCAGGUACUUUCCUGGAAGGGGCUCUGGCUGUUCUCAGGUGUUCAAAGCGGACCCUAAGUGAGGGAGUUCUCACCUCCACAGCAAGUGGAGCCACCUGUCACUGAGGGGAGGGUAACAUACAUUAAUUACACCGCCACUGUAAAAUCCAUCUGGCAAGAGGGAAAAAUCAAACCAUUACUGACCCACCAUUCUGGCAGUUCCAUGGAUACAUUUAGAACCACCAUGAAAGAAACUCUAUCUAGAGACUUAAGAGUUCACCAUGUCCUUGCAGGUGUUGAAUACAUUACAAGGUCAGGUUUCAUGGCAGCAGACUCCCAGGAGAACAGCUACAUCAGAAUCCUUCUAGCCUGAGAGUGAUCAGCACCAUUCUGAAGAACAACUUUUCCCUUUAUAGCAUCUCAGAUUUCAGCAACCCACUGGUUGAGGAUUACGAAUUUUCAUCAUCUGCAGUGCUCUGCAAAAAACACUCUCAAACCUAUCUACCUGUAACAUGAAAGCAAUCCCAGGAUAACAACCAACAAUUAGCUUGAGGAAAACACAAAAAAAAAAAAAAUCUGUCCGUGGCAUCCCUUGUGCUCAGCUACAAUUUUAGAAGCUCAACUACUUAAAACCACCUGUAGCAAUAAUCCUGACAAUGAAACACUAUUCCCGCAGAUUAAUGCAGUCCCGUUUCACCUUCCUCUUCCACAAGUGUUGCUUUUUUCCAGAAGGUUACCGGGUAAGUUAUUGUUACUUUGGAGACCUACAAUAAAUGAAAAUAGCCAGUUAGUUCAAGCAGCUUAGUUGUUCCCCCAGAGCUUUACAACCACCCACACACAAAAGAAAUAGGAUAAUUACCCACACUUCACACCUACUCCACUCUUUUCCUUCUGGGGAACACUCAAGACACUGAUUUCUAACAGCUUUCUGCUCAGGGCUGUCACCUCUCCAAUCAAACAGCACGGGUUUGGUAUGAAGCAAAUGCUCAAGUACUGUCAAAUUUUACAUCUGUUCCAUUUCCUUUGUUUUAAGCUAUAAAAUAAAAUUUCUCAAACCCCAGAAAUGUCUCUAAAGGGAACAAGGCAGGGUUGAACGUCUUUACCACGCUCUCAGACAGGACAACUUAGGGCAGCUUAUUCCCCACUGGGGAGCCUUUGCCACUGUGUUCUGUUAGGCACUGAGAAACCUUACUGAGCAAAGUCACUCAUCCCAUUUCAACAUUUUGCUUUGCUUCCAUCAAUCACCAGAUUCCAUCAGCUUGAAGAGUUUAAAUGCUGUUCUCCAGCACAGAAUGUUUUCAGGAAGGAUUUCACCAAAGACAGUAGGAAAGAAACCACAAUAAGCAACACAAGUCAAUCUUUAUUGAAAACUGAAGUAUUAAUACAUAACAAUUCUUAUUACAAUAAACGUGCUUUUAAGAAUUUAAACUUGAGCUCAUCUACUCAUUGAAUUGCAUAAAAAAUAAAAAAGUAUGAAUUUUCACAAUUGAACUGGCUCAGAAUGGAAUCUCCACUCUUUGUGUUGAUGCAAUAGUUCAAUGCAGGAGUGAGUGAUGCCUUAAAACUUAUUCUGGAAGACAACAUUGACCUAAACUUAAAAAAAAAGUACCAAUACAACUGUUCCUAAGACAGUUUAAAAAAAGUCAUAAAAAGGAAACUUGUGUCUAUUUCAUAACAAACAUGGAGAACUAUUACUGGGGCCUCUUGUACUUCCAUUGCAUGCACUCACUUUUUUAGAUCUUAAGACAGGAGGGCAGCCAAUAAUAGCAUUACAAUUAAAAAAACCCACUAACAAAUCCCUUCUACUUAAAACAAGUCUGUACAGCAGCCAGCUAAAAAAGCUUUCCCAGUUUGCCUGCUAAGUGCCCAAAAGUCACAAUCAGUUUAGAAAAGUCAUGUUCAUUUUCUUGAUGUUGAAACUUCAGGGCCCAUAAAUUGUUCAGAUGUUAAAGUCACAAAUGGACCCUUACGACGUGAAAUUCAGAUGUUUCAGUGUUAUAUGCAACCUGCACAAGAAAAGGUUUCUUGUCCCCACUGGUCCUCUUCCCUCUCUGGUGCCUACAGGACACCUUGCCUGCCCUCUGCGCCCUGGGCAGAGGCUGCAGAGUGCCCAGAGUCCUCCCAGCAGAUGGGAACCAGCUCAGCUCCAGGCCAGCCCUGCACAAACUGCCCGACCCUGCUGCAGGUGCUCCUGCCCUGUGGUAUUUCACCUCCUCCUGCGAGGGGCUCUGCAGGAAGCCUAGAGCUGACACAACACAGGAUUAGAAACGGACACUUCUUAAUGAGAACAACGUGAGUGAGCUGAAAUGGCCAUGUCUUUUACAGCCUUCCCAAAGGCUGGCUCCCAGGGCUGAGGAACCUGGACUGACACGAGCUGGAGCAGGCUGUGUCCUAAGGAGCAAAAACACAGCCCAGGCAGCCAUGGAGCAGGCACAGCCACAGGCUCUGUGCCAUGCCUCAAGCUCCAGCUGGAGCAUCACUAUUGCUCACCUUCCUAAGAUGGGAGGUUUCACACACAUGGGAGUUACCACCCCGGUAUGAGUUUGACCCUAGAGUUAGGUGGUGGUGUCAGACUGAUGUGCUUACCUACUUAAGCAAACCCAAAUGAACAGUGUGGAGCACUGUGCUGAAGCACUGGGGAGUGAUUCUAAGUCAAUGCUCUUGCCUUGCUAGCCAAGGAACAAUGAAGGCAGGACACUCCACAGAGAGCAGCCCAUGCUGAGUACCCUGGUGCACAGCUCUGUACCAUCAGCUCUCCUGACACCAGCCAGACAUGGUGGUACUGAGGGAUGGUGGUUUGCUUGUGUGGUUUGGUUAGCUUUAUCAGUGGAUGGAGCAACACAAGGAAGAACUUCAACAAAAAUAAAGGACUUAUUCACCUACAGCUGCAUCUAAGCAUUUAACUUGCAUAGUACACUCAAAAUGAAGCUUUCUCGAGCAGCAUUCCUGCAUGUCUCCUAGAAACUCCAAACUGGAGAGGGUUACAACAAGCAUAAGCAACAUCUAGCAGUAGGUUGUCUCUUUUCCUUCCUGGUGUUUAGCAAAACCACCACCACACUGACUAGGGCUAUGUGGUUUUGAUGACAAUUAUUAGCCAUUUUUCUUUGCUGCUGCUACAUUUAAAAGACAUUUUCAUCAGCUGUUAAUGACAUAGGGAAUACCUUGGUUUUUAAAAAAUACUUUAUCUAGACUCAACACUUGAAAUUUGAACUAAAAAAAAAAUUCUUGGACUUCUCUUUGUUAUUGCUGCAACGGUUAUUUAUUUUCAGUUCCAGGUUUAUAGUAGUACUUUUUUUUUCUUCAUCAUAUAAAGCUGCCAUAAAAGUUUUCUUUUUUUGAAGAGAAGCUUGAUCUGAAAUGUCUCUACUGCACUAGCUCUUUUAAUUCGCUGAGGAGCUUUAGUGCAAACACAUACUGUGUUUUCAUUUAUAAAGAAAUUCUAAAUAGGGAAUGUUAUAUAAAAAGCAGGAGAGAAUGUUUCGUAAGACCGUCACUGUGUAAACGCCUAUUUGAUGAUGUACAAUUUCCCCCACUGCAGUUUUAUAUCCAUGCUUUCUACUAUUUGCAACAAAAUACCACUGAGAUAGUUAUAUAUACACAUAUUCUCCCAUUCCCCUGCACUGUGCUUUUGGUUACUUUUCAGAAGAACUCCUGGAGACAAGCUCCAGCCUCCCAGUAGGAUCAGAAUUGCUCAGGAGUGGAAGGUGCAGUACCUUUGGAAAAGGUACACUUUCUCCCUCCUGGAUGAAUCCCAUAAUGCAACUUAGAAAAAAAAGUGCUCAAGUAAGUGAGACUGCCUAAGUGUUAUGGAAUACUACACGGAGACCAAUUCCAAGAUGACAUUUAGGAAUCUGAAGUUAGAGCAAAUAUAUAGGAAGUUAUAUUCAUUCCUUGACUAUUUCUCUAUUGCAGCAUUCACGGAAGUUCUCUCCUAUGACUUUAGUUCAUGGUAAUGAGACAGGAGACAGAAAAACUUCCAGCCUGGCCCUCACAGCUCCUCCCCAACACAGCACUGCUCCAGCCCUCAGCUCCUUGUCAGAACCAUGCUCAGGAUGAGCGCCCUGCGUUGGUGCUCACUGUGCUCUGCCACACCUGACUGAUCACAGCUGCAAAUCUAACACACACAUGGAAUUGUUACACAGACUGAACAAAGCAGUACACAUUCAAUUAAGUUUGUCUUGGAUCAUUUUCUGCUCCAUAUAAAAACAUAUGGAAAUCCCUAAGCUGCAGUAAGUGCUCAUGAGUAAUGUUGAAAGUACUUAUUCCAACAACAUAGUUAUGUUCAAGGCAUUAGAAAUAAGGGGGCCAUCCACUGACAGUGAUUCAUGCAAAAUAAACCUAAACUUUAUUAAAAAAAAAAGGGUACAAAAUACAGAGAGUGCUUACUGUAAAAAAUAAAGUUACUGAAGGCUCUAACCACCAAUGGGGUAUGAAGGUACACAAGCCUCUCACCAGGGCAGAGUACGGGGAUGGCAGCACUAAAUCAGCACUGAUGCUACCCCAAAUCAGCUGCCAAACCUGUACAGGAGCAGAACACCCCAAAACAAAGCAUAACUAAGAUACACAACUUCAAAAAAUUUAAUUCUGAAUGGAAGUUAACCUACAAGAACAAGACAGCCUGAUAUACCUCUGUAAAUGCUUAAAAGGGAACAACAUUUUAUAUCCAUUUACUGCAUAAUUUAUUGCAGGCAGAAUGUAUAAAAAAAAAUUGCAUCUUUCUGGAAUUGUAAAUCAAGCAGGUUUGAGAAGAACCUCAGUUUCAAUGUGCAAUAUUCAAAUUUAAAAAUUUAAAAUCUCCCCUAUAACAAUUUUGGUAUACAAAUGGGUUCCAAGGCUAGCCCUUUAUCCCCACAGCAUUUGCUUUGAGGUACUUUAAAAAUUGAAGCUGCAAGAAAGAAUAUCACAAAUGAAUCAUUGCAAUGAAAUGCUAAUCUGCAGUCGAGUCUUAUUUUACGUGCUCCCAAGUGCAAUUUAGGAAGUAAAAAAAAAAAA